AAAUCAAAUCCUCCCAUAAACUAGUUCAUACAUCCAUCAGCUCAAUUUCUAUCCCACUUAAUUUUCAAUCUAAACUCCCCUGUGUUAGUUCACCAUGUUGCCAAGGAGCAGAACGCUUCCCUCCAGGAUUCAAGAUGACGUUUCAGGUGACAAUCGCGAUGCAAGAGUGUACUUUGAAGUUCAGUCGCAGGCGAAACCUCAUCAGGAUGUCGAAGCCAUCAGCCCUCAGCCUAACUUCUCCAAGUGCUUUGACGAUGAUGGCCGUCUCAAGAGAACAGGAACAGUAUGGACUGCUUCCUCUCACAUUAUCACAGCAGUGAUAGGAUCAGGAGUCUUAUCACUUGCUUGGGCAAUAGGGCAGCUUGGUUGGAUAGCUGGACCUUCAGUCAUGAUUCUAUUUGCCGCGGUGAUCUGCUAUACAUCCAACCUACUCUCUGAUUGCUACAGGACCGGAGAUCCCAUUGCUGGGAAGAGAAACUAUACAUAUAUGGAUGCUGUAAGAUCAAACCUAGGUGGAACGAAGGUUAAAGUUUGUGGUGCAAUCCAGUAUGUCAAUCUCGUCGGUGUAGCAAUUGGGUAUACGAUUGCCGCCUCAAUCAGUAUGAUGGCAAUCAAAAGGUCUAACUGCUUUCAUGUUCAUGGAGAUGACGCCCCGUGUAAGAUGUCGAGCAACAUGUACAUGAUCAUAUUUGGGAUCACAGAGGUUAUAUUCUCUCAGAUACCUGAUUUCGAUCAAGUAUGGUGGCUCUCUAUAGUUGCUGCAGUCAUGUCCUUCACCUAUUCAACCAUCGGCCUCAGCUUAGGCGUCGCCAAAGUAGCAGAAAAUGGGAAAUUACAAGGGAGUCUUAUGGGUGUCAGCAUAGGGGCAGUAACGAAAGCGGGAACUGUUACUGGCACCCAGAAGAUCUGGAGAAACCUGCAAGCACUAGGGGACAUCGCCUUUGCUUACUCCUACUCUAUCAUCCUAAUUGAGAUUCAGGAUACACUCAAAUCCCCGCCAGCUGAGAACAAAACCAUGAGGAAGGCCACUUUGUUAAGCAUUGCGGUCACAACAACAUUCUACUUGCUAUGUGGUUGCAUGGGCUAUGCAGCCUUUGGAGAUGAUGCCCCUACCAAUCUACUGACUGGUUUCGGUUUCUACAAUCCCUAUUGGAUUAUCGACAUAGCCAACCUUGCCAUUGUGGUGCAUCUUGUCGGAGCCUACCAGGUUUUUUGCCAGCCAUUGUUCGCCUUUGUUGAGAAGUGGAGUGCUCAGAGGUGGGCCAAGAGCGAGUUCAUCAUCCAUGACUAUGAGGUGCCGAUCCCCUUCACAGGCUCUGUCUACAACCUCAAUCUCUUCCGGCUUGUUUGGAGGACAGCCUUUGUGGCCAUAGUCACAGUCAUUUCCAUGCUCUUGCCAUUCUUCAACGAUGUUGUGGGGAUAUUAGGAGCAUUUGGUUUCUGGCCACUGACCGUCUACUUCCCAGUAGAGAUGUACAUUGCCCAAAAGAAGAUCAAGCAGGGGACACCGAGAUGGGUAGGACUUCAGGUACUUAGCUUCACAUGUCUGGUUGUGUCUCUUGCUGCUGCUUGUGGGUCUGUAGCUGGAGUCCUUCUGGACCUCAAGUCAUACCAUCCAUUUAAGUCUACCACCUAACGAGUUUAGACUUGUCAAGAGUAGGAAGUAGGUAUCCGCGGUAAGUGCAUGGUUUGAUGAAACAAGAGUUUUUAUGUUGAUGUGUUGCGAAUGAAGUCAUGUAUACUUGUGGCAUUAUAAGGAAUAUAUACUCCGAAACUGCCAGAAAUAUCGUAAACAUACCUCA